AUGCAGGACAGAGUUUCAGUAUCGUUUCCCUCAUGGACGGAACCGCCCAUCACUCAAACAGUUAUUGGCAAGCGUGGAUAUAUCGACGAGAUUGAAGAAUUUCGAGGUAUUCCAUAUGGCAAGGUUCCCGGAAGAUGGCAACACGCUGUGCUUCUUGAUCGGUUGCCCCAGGACACUUUCGACGCAACGAAAAAUGGUCCUCGCUGUCCGCAACCACAAGAGCCGAAUAAUAGCGAUUUCUACCAGUCGUGUCUUGAGUUCCCGGGCGAUGUUGCGGAAUCCGAAUUCGACUGCUUGAAUCUGUUUAUCACUAGACCAAGUAGGGUGCCCAUACCACCAUCCGGAUCAGAGACCAAACUGCCUGUCUAUGUCUAUAUCCAUGGUGGAGCCUACACUUUUGGCGCUGGGACAGAUCCAAUGUGGGACCCUGCCCGCCUAGUUGCCAAAUCGAUAGAACUAGGAACACCGAUUAUUGUCGUUACGAUAAAUUACCGUCUCAAUGUCUUUGGGUUCGCGGCGUCAUCUGAGAUUAUUGAGUCCCAAUCACUUGGGCAGACAAAAGGAUGCAAUUUCGGACUUGGGGACCAGAAUAUCGCACUGUGUUGGGUACAACGCAACAUUGGGGCCUUCGGCGGUGACUCAAGUAAAAUGACAGUGGGCGGGCAGUCGGCCGGAGGGAGUUCAGCACAUGCGCAUCUUCUAGACGCACUUCUAGGGUCAAACGCCCCUUUGGUCCAGCGGGCAAUAAUCCAGUCCGGCGCAGUUGGUGUUCUUGGCCCCCUCACCAUGAAAGGUGCAGAUACACGAUGGGCUACAUUGUGUAAAAAGUUAGGGGCUCCUGUUGAGGACAUCGCUGAACGCAUGGAGUUCAUGAAAAGGAUACCAGCAGACACAAUUCUUCAGGCAUACAGAGAGUUGGGAUGGAAUGUUUGUCCCUUGGUCCAGGACGACUUGACUAUUUCACGAAGAGCAGGGAAUCACUGGAGUGUACAGUUUUCUAGCACAAAAUCCCCUGUACCAGCUAUCGGGCCAUAUGAAAAACCGGAAUUUGCUGUUUUGAUCGGAGAUACAGAGUUCGAGGGAACGAUGCAUCGCUUCCAGGUGAUGCAAAUCAAAAGCUUUGACGACCUCAAAGCUCGCUUGACUGUAGGGAGUCUGCUGGAUGAAGCCUUCUGGGAGGAAUUUUGCAGCAUAUAUAAGCUUGAAGCAAGCAUGCCGGUUGCAUCCUUGCACGAGCAAGUUUUCCGUUUCCUGUCCGAUAUUCAGUUUGGUUAUCCCGUUCAACAAGCACGCGAUGACCUGACGACAUGGGAACCUUUCGCGAAAGAGUUUCCGGAGCAGAAUAGUGCUUCACAUGUACACCCCAUUCAAGUUCACUCGUAUCGCGUGGAAUUCGGAAAUCCGUUCCCAGGACCUAAUCAUGGAGUCGCUCAUCACUGUGUUGACCUCAUCUAUAUCUGUGAUGCUUUCCAUGAUGCCCUGCGCGCAAUGGACCAGGCCUCGCGAACCGAUGUUAUAAGCAAUGCUGAACUGGUGAAUCGCAUUCAGACCGAUUGGAUCACGUUUAUCGCUGCUCCCAGUAUAAGCGAGGCCAAAAGCCUUGCAUCUGUAUAUAGUUUUGACCGCAAGACAAAGGUGGUGAAUAUGUCCUCGGACAAAGACUGGUUGCAUCGGAAGCGCAGAUUCAACCUCAUCAGCGAGUACAUAGUUGCCGCACGACAAGCAGCAAGAAUAGUCACCGGGGGUGACGACAUUUCGUAG